AUGCCCAGGAAGCGGGUUCCUGUUGCCAACCCUGGCCGCCACCGCUCCCCAGGCCCGGGUCGAGCUCAGCGGUUUCCCUUCAGUGUCUGUAGCCAUAGCAAUGGCGCUUCAGUCACUCUUCACAAUGGAGACACGCACUGUGCCUGCGCUCCGCCUCGCGCAAGCCAACUCCCCCGCCACCCGAGAGGGCUCGGCUUUCUGGGUCGGGGCGCUAGUCAUCUCAUGCGGCAUAAAAGAACACAUACUGGAGAGAAACUUUAUGAAUGUAACCAGUGUGGCAAAGCCUUUGCAGAAAACAGUACUCUCUUAAGCCAUAAAAGAACACACACUGGAGAGAAACCUUACGAAUGUAACCAGUGUGGUAAAGCCUUUGCACAAAACAGUCAUCUCAUACAGCAUAAAAGAACACACACUGGAGAGAAACCUUAUGAAUGUAACCAGUGCGGUAAAGCCUUUGCAGUAAACAGUCAUCUCAUACGGCAUAAAAGAACACACACUGGAGAGAAACCUUAUGAAUGUAAACAGUGUGGUAAAGCCUUUGCACAAAACAGUACUCUCAGACGGCAUAAAAGAACACACACUGGAGAGAAACCUUAUGAAUGUAACCAAUGCGGUAAAGCCUUUGCAGAAAACAGU